UUUCCUCCCAAGGGAAGCUCCUUCAUCGUCCUCCUUUUCCAUGUCUUGAUCUAAAUCCUCUUGCUUCCCUUCCCUUUAUACCUCUGUAUCCUCUGUAUCCUGGCAUUUUCGGGUACUUCUUAGGUGUCCUAUGGAGGAGGGCACUGCAAGGAGAGGGAAACAGCCCUAUUGGUUUUUCCUCUCCACCCUUCCCCAAACCAAGAUAUCACAGGCUCUAAAACCUCUGCUGUGGUUACUCCUGCAGUAACUGUGAACCAAGUGAGUCUCAGCAAGUAGAAAAUCACUCCUGAGAGCUGAGCAACCACCCAGCCAGCCCAUCUUCCUCCAGAAAACCCACCUCAUCCUACCCCAGAGACCAACUCAAAACAGGGGCUUGUAGCAGCAUGCCCAGAAAGUCACUGUCUGAGCUACUUCAGAGCGAAACAUCUGGAGGAACUUAAUAUUAUGGCCCUCCUCCAAGCACAACCAUUUAAACCAAACUGCUUGUUUGCAUCUGCAUGUCAUAAAAAUCAAUGACAACAGCAUGGACUGUACAGGUGUGCUGCUCAGCUCUUUCUAAGGGCGCAUCAUUUAUGCGGGCCUCCUUCAGGUCAGUAAUUCAUACAGGGGUUUGCUGUUAAAGGAGAGUGUUCCUCCUGCAGUGCUGUGGCUUGGUGCAGCUUUCUGAACUGAAAAUUCCAAUCUUUAGCACAAGUAAUUAAUUGAAUGAAUUAGUUGUUCCCCAGACAUGGGACAUAAUACUUUUCCAAAUUAUUUCAUGAGAGUUUAAUUUGUUGAAUCAGUUCAGAGCUGUUAGGAGUUAAUGCAGCCUGUUUAUCCUUCAUUCUUGCUUCUUGUCAAAAUUUCAACCUUUAAAAUAAAUAAAGACAUUUUUUAAUAUUAUUUUCUUUUAUUUUAUUUUUAAUGGAUCAGAAGAAUCCAGAGGCCACUGACCUCUUUGCAAAACAGUAUUUGCAAAAUAGUGUGUGUCUGCCCAGGAAUACUGUGUGUUUAAGAGUAGACACUGGGAUUUAGGUUCAUUAAUAUUCACAAAGCUGUUCCUCCUUUGGGUGGUGCAGAGUCUGCUCCUUCACUCCCCUUCACUUCCCAUAUCAACAGUAGCUCUGCUUUCCUUUCUUUCCAAAAGGCUUUUUGGAAUGUCUGAGCACAGAAUACAUCACCUUCUCCCUUUCCAGCUCCUUUAGGUCACAAAAUGUUCUAAAAAUACCAAAAUAGCAAGAACAUUGCUGUUUUAUUUUCAUUUUUGUUUCCUAACAAAAACCUCCAGAGAGCAAGCUCCAGCUCAUGGUACCCAAGAGUGCAGAGGAAUGGAAAUGUGGGGGCUGCUUACAAAUAGACGAGUUAAUGGUAGAAAUAUGAAGGGUUUGAAAAUAGACUAUUUAGUCACUGGGGUUUCAAGAAAGGGAUAGAGCUGGAAAAUUCCAUCUGGAAGGGAGACUGUGUAUGUGUGUGCAGUGCCUGCCUGUUUGUCUGUAACAGUGGAUAAGAAAUGUCCCGGACUGGCUCAAAAAUACCUUGUGGGUUUCAUCUGAAUGUUUGUUCAUUUGUGUUAGGCUAUUCAUUCCUCUCCAUCUCCAGCAGCCCAGAGAAGAGGAGGCAGGAACUGUUACCACCACCUGCAGCGCUUUGGGGCACCUAAACAUGUUUUUGCCAGAAAUCUCUGUAGCCUAAAUAGGUUGUGUGUGUUUUUUCUGGAUAGGCCUCCGGAAAGUAGGCACCUAAAGUUCUGCUUUGAAUGGAGCCUUUGUCCAGGGCGAUGAGGGAGGCUCGGUGGAAACACCUGAGCCUGUCACCAGCUUCUCCCUCUUGGAGCAGGGGCACGGCUCUGGACGCUGGCUGAGCGCCCGAGCCAGAGGACCUCUGGUCUAGACGCAGACACACGUGGAGAGACAGUGAGGUUGUGGGGGCGACCGCUGACACCCUUGUUUUGUCUGGAAGGGCCAUGGUGAGCACGGCGGGUUUCGCGGCCGUCUUCUACAGCGAGCCGGCCGUGCUGGGCCUCCUCGCGAACGUCGUCAGCGCCUUCCUCCUCUGCCUGCAGAACUUCGCCACGGCACACACGGGCGUCGGGCCGCAGGGAGCACAGGAUGUCCUCGCAGGUGUCCACCUCAUCCUGAUCGGAGGCUUUGUCCAGCUCCUGGCAGGAUUUCUUGCCUUCAGGAAGUACGACCACCUCGGAGGUGCAGCCUUUCUCACCUUCUCGGCUCUGUGGAGCAGCUUUGGGGCCACACGCAUCAUCUCAGCCGCGUAUCCCCCCUUGCAGAACACAUCGCUGCCCUCAGGGAAUGCCAGCCACCUCCUGCCUGCCGGCACAGCCCUCACCUCCACCAGCCAAAGUGCCGUGGCAGGGCUGGUGGCCUACAUUUCCAUUUCCUUUAUCCUCUCCUUCUGCUCAGCCACAGUGAACUACAUCAUGCCCUUCAUAUUUGGGGCCAUCGCACUUGCCCUGGUGUUUGAAGCUGUUGCACUGUUUGGCCAGUGGGCCCUGGUAGUGUCGGGGGUCAUUGAGCUUGUCAUUGUCCUCUGCGGGCUGUAUGGUGCGGUGGCCCUCCUGCUGAAGGGCAUCACACAACGGUACAUCCUUCCAGGCUUUGGGCAUCCCCUCUUCAAUGUCUUGCUACUGGGGUCAGCACAGAAGAGCUCUUCCAAGGCCAUUGGGGAAGAGAAGAAAAAGAACACAAAGUAUGCCGAGCCAAUGGCCCUAGGCAACAUCUGUGAUACUGUCUCUCCUUUUAUAUUUGCUUUUUACUCCUUCGGGUACAUGAAGACCUUCUGUGUUGGAGCAGUGUGGAUUUCCAUCAUCUCCAGCGGCCAACUGCUGUCCAGCUUCUACAGCUACCUGAGAGGUGAUGUCUACUACACCACCAAAUUUGGUGUCCACAGCCUCUACUGGCUGGUUAUGUCUUGGGAAGAGUUCAUACUCACUGUCCUCCUUGGGCCAGGCAAGGCUCAAGAGAGCAGGCUGGGAAUGUUUGGAGGGUGGUUCUUCUUGGCUGUUGCCUGCAUGCUGUUUCUGAUGUCAACCCACAAAGAUACCCUGGAGAUGUUGCAAAAUGCCUCUUUCAUCAUCCUCAUGUCUGCCUCCAUCCAUCAGAUCCCAGUGCCAGGUGCUUACCUGUUCCUCGGCGCUGCCUGCAGCCUCUGCACUGCUCUCUCGUUGUACGCCACUUUUGCCAGCCUUAUCAACUCCAUUGGGGAGAAGGCUCUGAUUCCAAUUGGCUCCCAAGCUAUGUCCAGCUCAGCUCUUCAAACCACACUGAUGGCUGCCAAAAGCUGCUUCACAAGGUCCAAGAACUUGCCAAGCAGCACCAGAGCCGAGGUGCCAGAUGCCUUGUUCUACAUCUGCAAUGGCCUGGCAGCAAUCUCUGCCAUCCAGGCUACUUUCAGUGACCCCAGCAGACAGCAACUCUCCAUACCUUCUGUGCUCAUCCCAGGAGCCAUAAUGCAGCUGUAUGUCUGCAGGAUCCAGGUGCAAGGAGGCAGAAGGUUUGGCUGCAUUCUCCCAUUCUGCUAUGCUGCCUUUUGGGGAGCGUGGACCUGGCUUCGGUUUGCAGGCCACUUGAUGAACAUUGGUGCGGGGAACAGUGAAGGAUUCACUGCUGGUGCCAUUGCCUUUCUGGUGCUCAAUGGUUUUUUAAUGAUUUUAGCUUCCUCUUUAAACGUGGUGCUUCUCUGCAUGACUGCUGCAAUGGAGAUCUUGACCAUUUGUUUUCUGCUCUUUACGUUGGAGAACCUCCCUCUGCCAUUUGAAAUUGUGAUGUUAAGCAUCUUCAGCAUCAUCUGCUUCUAUGGAGCAACAGCAUCACUGGCAAACAGCAUGUUUGGGAAGGAUCUAAUGAUGAUGGGCCCCCCUCUGUUCACAGCUGAGAGCUCUAAGAAGGACACGGGAGGUCCUCCACCCUGCAUCUGCCCCAAGUCCCACUGUACGAGUGGCCUGAGGGCCAUUGCUGACUUGCUGAACACAGGGGCGGUGUGUGGGGUCCCGACAGACACCGUGUACGCUUUGGCAGCCUCCUGCAGACACCCUCAAGCCAUCGAGAAGGUCUACAGAAUCAAGGACAGGCCUCAAGAGAAGCCCAUCUGCAUCUUUAUUUCAAACCUGGACCAGUUGCGAGCAGCUGCUCCCCCCAUCAGCCCGCUGCUUUGGGAAUUCAUGGAAAAUGUUUACCCUGGUGGCAUUGGCUGCAUUAUCAAAAAAGGAGAGUGGCUAAAGAAGUUAGGGGUUGGAGAAGGCUACAGCAGGGUGGGAACUCAAGACAGUAUAAUGAUCAGAGUGCCUGACCUGACUGUCCUGGUGCACCUCAUCGACAUGACGGGACCCUUGGCAAUCACAUCUGCUAAUCCUAGUGGAGAGGUUGACAGCACCCAUCACGACAUGGUCAUCUCGCGUCUUGGCCAUAAGCUGGAGGGUGUUCUCUGUGAUGGAGAUUCUGAUGAAGUGGUGGCAUCAACCGUGGUCAACUGCACAAAGAUUGAUGAAAGUGGCAUCACCAUCAUAAGAGAAGGCUGCAUACCAGCAGGCAAGGUGAUGCAGAUAUUUGAAAGAGUGAAGAACAGAGUGGUCUGAAACUGAAGAAAACCUUUCUGAGUGAAAGAACAGCAUCUGCUCUCAGAAAAAAAGACAUGAGGCAACCUAUGCCUUGCUGGAGCACUUGGCCUUGUGAAAGCCAUACCUUCUCUAAUCAAGCACUUACCUCCUUGGGAAACAGCAGCACUUUCUCACCCAGUGUCUCUCCUGGGAGCCUUUUGCGGCUAUUUAUUGUUUAUCUCCAGUAAGUGCCUGAAACCGCCGGGAAAGCUGCCCACAGAAUGCCAGCAGGAUCAGGAGAUGAUGCUUUAUUGCAGGAAUUCCCUGAGUGCCCGUGUUUCCUAAGUGCCUCAAACUGUGGACUCCAUGCCUGCUUUUAUACAACCUUCCAACUCUCAGAUCUGUGUAUUUUAAACAGCUACAUUUCACUAAAUAAAUCCAC